AUGGAGAUACUCGAAAUGAACAAUAUCAACAUAGUUGGUGAUCACUCUGACGCUGGUAUAGGCUUCAGUGGAACGGAGUUGGUGAUCACCCUGAUGCUGAGGCACGGAGAAGGGAGAAGACAAGUGAGAGUCAGGAUCAUCGGUUCUUUAUUAGAGGAAUACUAUUUUUCCUGUCCAAUUCGGUCCAAGCCGCUGCUUUUACUACAAGAUGGUCCAAUCUCAAUCUCCAGCUGUUGCUUUAUAAACGCGGCUUCCUCUUUCACCAUACGAACCUUCUUCUUUCGUACACAAGGCAAAGGAGACAAGGAACAGCAGUUCAAGCUCUGGUUCGACCCAACAGCUGAUUUCCACACUUACACCAUUCUGUGGAACCCUCAACGAAUCAUAUUCACCGUCGAUGGAACUCCGAUUAGAGAAUUCAAAAACAUGGAAUCUGUAGGCACUCUGUUUCCCAAGAACCGACCAAUGAGAAUGUACUCUAGUGGCUUGGUCAAAACCGAUUGGUCUAAAGCUCCUUUCACUGCCUCGUGCCGUGGCUUCAACGAAGAAGCUUGUGUUUGGUCAAACGGCAAGUCUUCUUGUCCUAAUGGCUCGAAACAGGGGACUAGUGGCUCGUGGCUGACGCAGCAGCUUGACUCUAUUGCUCAAGAGAGGAUGAGAUGGGUGCAGAAGAACUAUAUGAUCUAUAAUUACUGUACGGAUUCGAAGACGUUCCCUCAAGGUCUUCCUAAAGAGUGCUUAGCUGCGUAG